GUAAAAAAGAAAGGAGACUGUGCGAUGACAUCAUCCCUCAUUUGCAUAAAUCUCUGCCUGAGAGCUGAUUGGUCACGGGUGGGAGAAGCCGAAGCCGCUCGCGCUUUUCAUCCUUUUCAGUGCUCACUCUCGCUCGUCCGUGUGUGUGUGUGCGCGCGUGCGUGCGCGGAUCGCCGAGCGCCGUUUCAUUCUCUGCUGCCAGGAGACACGCAUCUCUUUACUCGCCGGUAGACGGUCAGUCUGCUCUAAAACAUUCCCCGUCAGAGCUCCAGUCUACCUGCUUUCAUCUCAACAAACGUUGCCGGUUUUUCUCGAUCCACAGUGCUUACCGGCAAAAACCGGGAGGAGACGCGAGAACCGACUGGGCGUUGCUGGAGGAAAAGCGCUAUAGAUUUGGUAAACCACAGCCAUCUGAUAGCUGUAGACUUCAACUAGUGGACUGAGUCCUAGGUUCCUGAUUUCUCUUUUGUUGAGACGGACCUCCAGGACUAGGACAAGAUGAAACCAGAUGGUGUUGACACAGCAACAAUGGAAGCAUUAAACACAGGUCCUGCGGUCGAAGUGGUGCCAGGGGGCGAAGCUCAGGACCAGACUUUGCCUGCAGCGCAAACAGAAGGUGAACCACAGCAAAAAGAAGCAACCAACAAGUCUGGGGAUCCCAAAGCCAAGACAAAGGCUCCUGCCAAAACAAAGACACCCACCUCUGGAACCAAGACAUCUACAACAGGCUCCCGUCCCACCACUGGCCAAAGCCAUCUGAUAAAUGGGGCACAGAAGUCACAAGCUAAUGGCGUCCCCAAAAAGACCACCACAGCAGGCCUGGAGAAGAAAACCUCAACCACUGCUGCCACUAAAAAACCAGUCAGCUCUACUUCUGCAUCCACAACCAAGACCCUAAGCAAGGUGACUGAGAAAAAGCCUGUGGGGACGGCAAGACCUGCCAGUGCUCCAGCCAGUGGUGUGAAGACGACAGGGGCAGCACAGCCCAUAAAGAAAGCCCCUGCUGCACCAGCUAAUGGUCUGAAGUCUAAACCAAAAACUACAGCUCCAGCUCCAGCUGCAAGACCCGCUACUGCAUCCACCACUAAGACCAGCAUCACUGGCUCUCCUGUCGCCAAAACAACCAGGUCUGUUGGCUCAGCUUCUGCUGCCCCUAAGUCUGGGACACCGACAACUGCCAGCAAGACAUCUACAACCAUAUCCAGGCCAACUACUGGUACACCCAAGACACCAUCUACCACUGCUAAACCCUCACCUGCUAAAACCACAGCUCCCCCUGCUGGCCGCACUCCCCCUCCUAAGACCACAACACCUAUCAAGAAAGAUGUCAGUAAGCAGCCAUCUGCUCCAGCAGCCAAGAAGACCACUUCUUCUCCGCUUACCCGGCCAGCACCAACUAAGACCACCAAACCUGACACCCCUAAGUCAGCCUCCACUGCCAAGGCAGAAUCAGCCUCCAAAAAACCCACCACCUCCAGUAAGGUGGCAGAUGUUAAAACUAGUAAACCCAAGGAGAGCAAAGCAAUGCCUUCCAAGGAGGUCAACGCAAGCCCCAAGACCACAGGCAGCAAGCCAAGCACUAAAACAAGCAGCCCAAAGAAGUCAGUUGGCAGUAGCACUCCAAAGCCAUUGAAGGGUGGCCCAAAAGCCUCCCCUCCUGCAGACACAGCAGCCAUGGAGGGUGAGAAAAAGGACAUGGUACCCGCUAUGGUUUCAGCCACUACUGCAGCUGGUGCUGUUGUUUCUAUGAUGACCUCUGAGGCAGCACCUGAAGACUUAGACACAUCUUUUGUUCCUGUUGCCACUGAAGAGGCACCUGAGGACUUGUUUACCCAGGUCAAUCCUGCUGCCUCUGAGGUGAAAUUAGAAGACUCAUUUACAACUCCAAUUCCUGCUUCCUCUGAGGACUCUAAAGAGUAUUCAAAAGAAAUGGCCAAAGCUGUCAUUGCCCCUAGCACUACGAAAGCACCUGAAGACAAAGUUACACCUGUCAUGCUUCAUGUCUCUGAGGGAUCACCUGAAGACUCUGUUACACAUUUCAAUCCUGAAGAAACAUCUGAAGACAGAACUGUGUCUGCCAUUCCACCUACCUCUGUUGAGGUACGAGAGGAAACUGUUUCACCUGUCACUCCUUCUGAAGAAAUACCUGAGGAUGUAACUACAUCUGUCAUUGCUCCUACCUCUUAUGAGGCACGAGAAGAAACGGUUUCACCUUCCAUUCCUUCUGAAGAAACACCUGAGGAUGUAACUACAUCUGUCAUUCCUCCUACCUCUUGUGAGGCACGAGAAGAAACUGCUUCACCUCCCAUUCCUUCUGAAGAAACACCUGAGGAUGUAACUACAUCUGUUAUGUUUCCUAACUCUUAUGAGGCACGAGAAGAAACUGUUUCACCUGUCAUUCCUUCUGAAGAAACACCUGAGGAUGUAACUACAUCUGUCAUUCCUCCUACCUCUUAUGAGGCACGAGAAGAAACGGUUUCACCUUCCAUUCCUUCUGAAGAAAUACCUGAGGAUGUAACUACAUCUGUCAUUCCUCCUACCUCUUAUGAGGCACGAGAAGAAACGGUUUCACCUUCCAUUCCUUCAGAAGAAAUACCUGAGGAUGUAACUACAUCUGUCAUUCCUCCUACCUCUUAUGAGGCACGAGAAGAAACGGUUUCACCUUCCAUUCCUUCUGAAGAAAUACCUGAGGAUGUAACUACAUCUGUCAUUCCUCCUACCUCUUAUGAGGCACGAGAAGAAACGGUUUCACCUUCCAUUCCUUCUGAAGAAACACCUAAGGAUGUAACUACAUCUGUCAUUCCUCCUACCUCUUGUGAGGCACGAGAAGAAACUGCUUCACCUCCCAUUCCUUCUGAAGAAACACAUGAGGAUGUAACUACAUCUGUUAUGUUUCCUAACUCUUAUGAGGCACGAGGAGAAACUGUUUCACCUGUCAUUCCUUCUGAAGAAACACCUGAGGAUGUAACUACAUAUGUCAUUCCUCAUACCUCUUAUGAGGCACGAAAAGAAACUGCUUCACCUCCCAUUCCUUCUGAAGAAACACCUGAGGAUGUAACUACAUCCAUCAUUCCCCCUACCUCUUAUGAGGCACCUGUAGAAACAACUUCACCGGUCAUUCCUCCAGCCUUUGAAGACGAACCCGAAGACACAUUUACACCUGUUAUUUCUCCUACUUCUGAUGAGGUGGAGCUUGUCUAUCCCCAGGAUGUCCCGCAGAGCAUGGACACUUAUAAAGAUGACAAUGUAAUGUGUCAGCUGGAUGCUGAAGUAGACUUGGUCAGUCUGGAGGUGCCAGUGCCUGCUGUGUCUCCCCUGGGCACAACAGUACUGUCCCCACCAUCCUCUCCCACUAGCUCACCAUCCAUGCCAGUUGAGCUCCCAAGUUCAGUUCCCUUCCGGAGCAUGGAGGGUCCAUCUGAGCCAUGGGCACAGAGCUCUUCACUGUACUCCAGCUCUGUAACCAUAGAGAACCAGGAGCAGGAUAUGGAAAGAGAGCCUAAUGAAGAAAGUGAACAGGAUGAUGAAAAAGAUCAGGAUGAUAUACAGAUGCCCUCUGCUGCAGAGAAUGUGAUAGAAGACUUUAAUCUGAUGGGCUCCACUAGUGGGGAUCACAUCAGAAAUGCAGCUCCUGUCUCCCCCUUGAAAGAACAAGAAGAGGCAGUGGAGAAAGCUGAAGAAGAAAUUAAUGAAGACAAUGAUGAGGAGGAGGAGGAGGAGGAGGAAGAGAAAGAGGAGGAGGAGGAGAAAGAGGAGGAAGUAGAAGCAUUAAAAGAGAUUGGCAUAAAGGAAUCUGUGCCCCAAACAGAGAAAGAAGUUUACUCUAAAAAGGGGGUGGCAGAUUUUGCCAGCUCUGACUGGGGUACGAUGCAAUCAGAUGAAAUGUACAGCAGUAAUAAACAUGACUCAGAAGUGACAUCUCCUUUUAAUGCUGAAGACAGCUGCAGUGCUAAAGAUACAGAUGACUUCAUCAUAACUGAGGCAGAUAGGGAACAGCCAUUCACAGGGCCUCCUGGAAUCCAGUCAUUUGGUAGUGAAGAUGAGGAAGAGGAUGAGGAAGAAGAGCAUUUGAAGGAAAACAUGGAUCUGGCAUUAGAGCAUGAUGAUGAACAUCUCAAACAACAGAAAGACUUAGAGGAAGCAGAUGAAGAUGUGGAGAUGGUACAAAGAGUCAUGGCUGAGAGUGGACUUGGGGUUCAUAGAGAUGAUGGUAAUGAAGACGAAGAUGAUGAUGAUUACAGAGAUGAGAGUGAUCUAAUUCUCAACAGUAUGGGUCACACUGCUCAAGCAACAUCUAUGCCUUUGACAGCAGCAUGGAGUAAUUCCAAUCAAUUCUCUGAUCCCUGGGCCCAGCCUUCUUUCCCCCUGUCAGAAUCAAACCUGUCAGAUUCGAGAGUUCAAGAUCCAGACACACUAGCCAAAUUCCCAGCCGACCUUGACACAAUACCCACAUUCUCAUCUGAACCAGAUACACCACCCAAAUCCCCAUCUGAGGCUUUUCUGGACACAAGUCCACCCCUGAUUCAGACCUUUGAACCUCAACCUGACAUCCAAGAGGAGACCUGUAUCUCUGUCUUAUUGGAGUCGGGUAUCUUGGCUUCUCCUGCCACUGGAAUGUUACAGUCCAGCACCCUCAGUGGAACAGUGGCUGCCCAUAGCAGCAGUGAGACCAGCACACCUGAAGAGCUUGUAGAUUAUGACAGCAGCUCAGGUGUAGAAUCCCGAUCAGACAAGCAGCAGACGCCAGUCCCUGCCAUGCAUACAGACAUGGAGCAGGACCUAGGUAUUCACCUUGAGAGAGGUGAUGGGGAAGAGGAAGAGGCAGAAACACUGCCAGCUGAUGAAGUACUGGGUGAUGCCGCAACAGCACCAGCCUCUGUACCAUCAUCACCAUCAACCUCCUGUGAUGAAGCCAGUGAUACAGAGGGUGAGAUGCAAAUCAAUGACCCCGAAGUUGCGGUUGAUGACAAUGCCAAAGUCCCCCACAACCUCACUGCCCUGGAGGAAGAUGAGGAGGCUCCUGAACAGAUUGGAGAGGAAGAUGGUGAUACUCCUCAGUCAGCCAACUCUGUGGCCUCCUAUGGUUAUGACUGCUCCGCAUCCAUCUCCAAUGCCCACUCUAUGGCUGAAAGCUGUGGAAAGAGUCCAGGCAUAUUUAGCCUGGAAAAUGAAGAGCAGCUUCCAGAAGAGGCCAAGGAUCCUUCUUUCAUCAAGGAACUCACCCUGCCAGCAGCUACCGCCUACAGUGAUGACUUCUUGGGCUGCCCAGUGGAUUUAUUGCCUAUCAGCGAGCCCACAGAGAGGGAUGCUGGGUUUAACGAGCACUACAUGCUGUGCAGUAAGACAGACCCAGGUGCGAUGGAGGAAAUGGAUCCUGAGUCCCCUAUGCACCUAUCACCCCAACACGGGGACGAUUCUGACGGUCAGCCACCAUACUACUCUGCUAUAUGUGAUAAGACUGAUAACUUUCUGGCAGGUAAUGUAUAAAGUCCCUCUUUUGGAAUCUACCUUGUCUACCCCAAACUCCUCGCUUCCACCCUGUGUCCUUCAUUUCUUCCAAAUGUGGGAUUAAUAAGCAAAGAAAUGAAUAGAAACACGUAAUAGAAGGUGGAAAGAAAAGAAGAGCCAUCAGGUGAGGGAUAAUAGCUUUGUCUGAACUGCUCUCUUUUCUUCUAUUACCACGGUGAUGGUUAUGAUUGUAUGGCUUAAAUUUCUGUAUGUACAGUAGCUAUUCUCAUUUUCUAUUAGAAUGUACUUUUUAAAUAACACUGUGUUUCAUGGAACCCCUGAACCUGCAAUGUUAGACUAAGUUAAGUUGAUGUCCUUUAAUGAAAGGACAAAAAUGCAAAAAAAUAAACACACUUAGUGGACUCUAACUACCUUUGUAUUUAUCCUACUGUUUUUACCAAUCAAAUGUAAUUUGUUUUAUACUUUUUUCUUCUUUUUUUAUUUGAUUUGUUAAGAUCCCUGUCUUACCUUAAUGUUUGUACACACAUCAGUUUUCCUGCACUGUAAAAGUAGCUUUACUGGCUUUUAAAAUGUACUCCAGCUUUCUCUUUUAAAACUUGCUCCAGCACUAACUGUUUUAGCAUUAAAUACAGGUUAAAUAUUCUCCAGAAUCUUUUCACUCUCACAGUGUUUGACAUAGGGAGGUGAAUGAGUGUUAGAUGGCAAGUCAUACUUAAUUUUUGGUUGUCUUUUGUUAGUUUUGAGCUACUGCUGCCUAUUUUGGUGAAGGAUAACAUUGAUUCUCAUUGGCACGUAUCUUAAGUGUUUUAAAGUACUAGGCUCAGAUUUAUCUGGAUUCUUUCAUUUACAGUUGUAAACUUUGGACUUCGGAACAGACUAAACAUUUCUGUUAAUGAAAAUUGAAGUGUUUUCCUGCAAUUGUAAAUCUUAAGAUGAUGCUCACAGGUCAGUGUACUGUGAGUACUGGGACAUUUCUACAAGAAUUGGAAGUACAUAUGUAACCAAUUAAGAAUUUAAUUUUGCUAAUAAUCCAGACAUGAUCCAGGGUUGUUUUGAAAUUAAUGAUUCACAAUCAAUCGUUUUUCCCCGAAUUCCAUUAAACAUUAUUGCAAAGCUG